CUCUCUGUGGGCGGGUCUCUUCAGGUUUACAGGAAAUAUGAGUAUCAGGAAGUAGAAAGUUUUGGAGAUUUGUUGUGUCGCUAAAAUUACCACUUUGUGUUAAUAUUUAACACGCUUGUAGGUAGUAUCGGAGGCGUAAAUAGUGGAAAAAAACAGGCGUAAGAGCGCGCCGUCUGUGUCUUCAAACCGAAAGGUAGGUUAGAGUUGAGACAGUUUUAUCCGCUGGUGAUUGAAUCGCUCACUUCAUGAAAGUAGUCCGAAAACAUAUACGAACGAUGUAGUUUAUAAUAACUUCAGAAAACAGAGAGGAGAUGAGUUAUUUUAAUGCACAACUUAUUGAUAUAAAGAGUGCAGCAUACAGUCAGACCAGAUGCAGCCUCAUGGAUGACUGUUUUUACCUGAAGGGUUGGUUAUGCAGCAAUGAAAGGCCUUUUUACUGUAUGUGGGUGUUUGUAGUAACUGUAUAAGUACACAGGCCCUUUAAAUACAGGUAGUAAUACAUUAAAGACCGCCUACACCUUCAUUUACAUGCUGUAAUGUAGACUUUGCUGGUACAAGUAGUGGUAAAAGUAACAUAAAACCAUUGUUGACAUCAAAUUUAGAGGGAUAUUUGUUGAUAUACAUCAGCUGUUCUUGAGAGAAUUGUUUGAUAUUUAAGUUAUUAAGCCAAAAUACUUGUGCCAAUACUUGUAUUAUAGGACAGACCAUUUUAUCUGUUAUUUUCUUACAUAAAGAAAAAAAAACUGUCACUAGGGCUGGGCGAUGUGGGAAAAAGUUUAUCAUGAUCGAUAUUGAUAUAUAUAUAUCACGAUAUGAAAAAUGAAAUUUACCAGUGCUUAUCGGUAGUGUGUCUUUUGCAAUACAAUAAGCUACUGCAUCUGUGAGGUGUUUGUGUCUCUACGACUUUUUGCUAAAGGCAUUGCGCGAGAGAAAGCAGAAUGAAAAUGUUGCUUUGCCCGUGCGCUGCCGCAUGUCACUGCUUCAAGUGGUGAAAAAGAUUUGAGGUAUAGCUCCUUAACUUUGCGAGAACAUGUACUCGACAUAAUUUGCAGUGCACAUUACUCUGCUUCAUGUCCGACCUCAAAAAAACAAAAUAUCUCCACGCCACCGAUGUUUUCAUGCCAGUGUUGUCGACGUUGUCAUCAUCUGUUGAGCCUUCAUCUGCAUUUCUGCUGGGGGACACACUCAUUUUCUUUUUUUCUCACAGACAGUGCUGUCGGCUUCACGUGUUAAAGUGCUCUGGUAGUGUGUAGCCGCAGCCUGCUACUACACAGUUGUUUGCUACUUGUUUCUUAUCCGGCACAUGAUUGGUUCAGCGCGAAGCGGACCCGGAGCUAUUUCAUUGGCUAUUCGUAUAGUUUACCAAAACAUGGCAGAAUGCCGACAAUUGAAAAGGAUAUUGAUAUUGAGGGAAAUUUAUUUUCAUAUAUAUCAGCCCUACCUGUCACAUAUCAAACAAAGUUUAGGUGACUAUUCUGUCAGUGUUAUUGAAGGCACGACCCAGAGAGGGAUACUGAUGUUAUACAGCGGUCCUAUCAGCAUCAAAUAGACAUGAUAUUAAACAAAUAAAACCACAGCAGCAGUGUUUUCACAAAGUUUUCUGGUGUGAGUUUCUCGUCUCGCAAAUUCAUUCACUAUUACUAUCUUUUCCUGAUUGUAGCUGAGGCCAUGAAUCGAGUCCCCCUGCAGCAGCCGCAGAGCUGUGGGCCCUGGGAGCUGAAGGAGCGGCUGGGCACUGGGGGCUUUGGCAAUGUCACAAGAUGGCAAAACAAGGUACACGUUUCAAACACUCUGACUCACUAUGAGUCAUUUUGGGAGAUCAUUACAAUGUUUAAUGUGGCUAUACAGUAAAUUAUAUAAAGAGAAGGAUGUUGUAUUAAGUAGAUUGCUGCGCUGAAUCCUCAAACUUUAAACAUGUUUCUUAGAGGUUAAAAACUUCUUCAUUGACAAAAGAUGAAUCAAUAAAAAGGACCGAGCAAAUCAUCUUGUGUUAGUUUAAGUACUGGAAUAAAAAGUUGUGUAAAGUAUUUUCACAAGAAAAGUAAAUAUACUAACAUUUUACAGAUGAAAAUCAGCGACUCAUUGGAAGUUGGAUUUUUAUUCGCACCCUGAUUAGAAACAGCAUGACAUCAUGAACAGCUCAGGAAGUUGUCCUCUUUACUCACCUCAGCCUAGUUUAAAGUGUGUCAACUGUAAUGAUUUCACCAUAAAUCACAGGAUGAGAGCAUUGUAGAGUUUCAUCAUUUGUGAGAGGAUACUACGGGAAUAUGAACACGCCCUCUUAGUGGCCCUUCCUUUUCCCUCUCUAACGCUGUGCUUUAAAUCGUCAGCAUUAUAAGUGAUAGUGAACCAGAAGCUCUUCAGGAAAUAAUCUUCUGAAAAUAAAACAAAAUUAAGAUUGAUCGACUCAUUAAAUCAGUUCCUUCUCUGUCAACAUGAAGCAGAGUUAAAGACUGAAUGAUGUGUGUUUAAGACUUUUCUCAACGGUCAUCCGUGCCACCGGUGUUUGAGGGGCAAUGGGAAAAGCAGGCGGAAAUGACUUCACAGAGGAGAGCGGUGGUGCCCCGCUGCUGGUCUGAUGACUCGACUUCCUCUGCGGGAAAUUUCCUCUUAUAAUAACAAUACUAAAAACUAUUAUUAGUUCAUUGAUCAGGGAGUGGGAAUCAGGGUGUCUACCUUUUCCUUGAUGAUGCCGUGAGAGACAGGAAAUGAGAUGAACUUGUGCUGGCCGUCAGGUCAAAUGUAAACUGUAUAUUUGGUUGUGUAUGUGUGUGUCAUGGUUUGCACAUGGGAGGGCUGGUUCAUGUAUAGUGAUUCUAAGCUCUGCGACAGUUACAGGUGUGUUUUCUUCACCAGACGGCUCAUGAAAUUACCAACACAAAAGCUGAUAAUAGAACUAAUAUUCAACAUAAGUUCAACAUAUGAAGUAAACUUUUAAUAUUUGCUGUCUGGAGAUUUUUGUGAUUAAGUCAUAGGUAUUAAGUCAAAUUCCCUCUUGUGUUUAAUUUCUGUUGAUUAUAUCUAAAACAUAAAAAUGUAUCUGUUUUUUCAGGACACAGAGGAGCAGAUCGCCGUAAAGCAGUGCCGUCAGGAGCUGAGCGAGAGAAACAAAGAGAGAUGGUGUCUGGAGAUCCAGAUCAUGAAGAAGUCAGUUUCACUCCUUCACAUUUUCAUAUUAGCAUAUUACAAUUGAUUGUUUAGAGAAAGGACAACAUGCCCCAGUUUCCACCCAUUGUGAGAUUUAAAGCCAACAGUGCUGCUGGCAUGUUGAGUUGGUUCAGCAAAGGCAUGCCCAAAAGAGACCUGGCUGGUAGAGCCACAGGACUGACGUUACACCCUUUCUCUUCAACUAACCUACUUACGCAUGUUGGUUAGGUCGGUAAAAUCCAAAGCAGAACAGAUUGUGGUUUUGAUUUGAAGCUGACAUAUAUGACGACGAUUCUAGUGUUAGUUUUUGUAAGAUUUCCUCUUUUAUUCUGCCGAAAAGCCACGAGAUCCUCAAUUUGUCAAAAAAGCUGUUAAGCAAUCAUCAAAACUGGGCAUUAAUCAGCCUGAGAAGAACCGAUUAUAAUGAAAGAACCAGCUUGUGCUUUGACCAAAGCUCUGUCUGCUGAAACAGAAAUAUAUGCAACAGGAAAUAAAUGACUAAAAUUGCGGUAAUUCGCUGUGACGCAGACAAUGCCCUCAGGAUUGAUGUAACAGGUCCUGCUUUGAAGUAUCAAAGCAGGACCUGUUUCAAGGUUAUGACUCUGGAAUGAAAGAGUUUGAUUUUUAAAAGAGAUUUGCGAGUACAAAUGGUACAAAUACAUGCGUUAUCUUGCAGGUUACUAUUUUUUCUCCCACCAAAACUCACACACAGUAAGCUUGUAUCCAAAAAAUAAACAGAUUUCCACACUUUUUUGUUUAGAAGCAGCUCCUUGUCUCUUUUUUGGCCACAGAUUCACGGUCUGUUUUUCCACAGAGAUGCACCUUUGUGUUUGAUUUUUAAUUAUUUUACUCCUCUAAAGCCACCGGGAAAAUCCCCUCUCUCUCUUUUUACCCGACUUCACCCUGAAGUUGAGUUUGGUGUUGAAGUCGAGUUUUGGUUUGACGGGUUAUGACUCACCAAGGUACCUUCCAUGACCAGCUGUGUGCUUACGUGUUAAGCGCUGGACUUAAAUAUACGCAUCUGCUUCACAAGUUUUCUCAAAAUAAAAAGACUAAUUUUGGAUUCUUAAAAACUGAGAAUACGCACACGACAUUAAGGAAUCAUUGCUGUGUGGAAGUUGGAGUUAUUUCGGUCUGUUGGUGGUUUGUCUAACAGGAUGAUGUGCCACCUCCUCAUUUGGUUCUGCUUUCGAGUGUGUUUCAUUUCCACACUCGUCUGUGUUGUCAAUUAGCCGCAGUUUGUGUGUCAGGUCAGAGGAGUCGGCUGGCAUCUUGUGCGGAGUUCGAGUUAUUGUGCUCUUGUUGCGGGUUAUAUUAUACAGCAGCUACAAGGACUCUCUUAUGCAGUGGUUUUUAAUCUUAAAGGGAGCUCUCUCCUGGUUAAUACAUGUUCGUGUGUUUUGCCUUUGGUGGUGCAAACACAAGCAUAAAACCAUUUUUUUCCUAAUCCCACUUUAACAAGUCUGUUUGUUUUCAGACAGACAUGGUCACAACCACAGCCCUCUGUGCACCCACGCUAACUUGUGGAGAAACCACAGGGCAGGCGACACAUACAAGACAACCUAUAAUUAUAUUAUUACAGCUACUUAACACAGAUGUUCAAACAUACAUGCACCAAGAAAUACCUUAGUGUGGCCAUGUUUUUGGUAUCACGUGUGUUGACUUUGGGAUUAUUAUUAUUGUUAUGUGCACCCUCACAAGCCCACAGCACUACCUCGAGAUCUUUCUCUGUUAACAUCCAGUAAAAAGUAUUUUUUGAUAAAUUAAAAAAUGAGAGGAGAAAUGUGAGAGUUACCGAUUAUUCUUGUGCUCUAUCUGCUGUUGUUGUAGCUGUUACGACACUCUGACUACAUGUUGAACAAUGUUUUGGUUACAGUAUAAAUCACCUUCCUGCUGGCUCCGGUAUCCAGUCUGAGUUUGUUAUCUUUAUAUUUCCCCCUUUGCUUUCUUUAAGUGUUCCUGAUCCUGUGAUAAGCAGAAACACAUUUCAGGAAGAGUUCAUAAACCUCCAAGAAUGAGAAAGUAACAGAGCAGAGCACGUCAGACAGAGAUGAGAGGGAGUUGUUAGAGGAAAACACAUGAUGUAAGAAUUUAUAGAGACUAUUUAUGAACGGAUGAAACAUUAACAUGUCAUUGUGAUAGUAAGACUUUCAGAUAAAUGUGGUGGAGGAGAGAUGCAGGAUUCUCUGAGUGAUGUGAUUUGAUGGAGGUUUGUCCUGUAAAAAUGAAACAUGUUGUUCUUUCAUAGCAGUGAAUCAGGAUCAGCAGGUUCUUGAUGGGUUUCUUGGGAUAAGAAGAGUUGCAGGAUAACUCUGAUGAAGUGCGGCAGAUUAAAGCUACAGUGAGGAGUUUUUCACUGGUUAUGAAACGGGCUGAAAUGGGCAGUGAUGCAUCUCUAUGAUGUAAAACAGCGAUUGAGAUCAUCAAUGACGAGAUUGAAAAUUUCUGUAUUGCAUUUUGUUGAUGUUUGUAACUGUUGUGAAGGGGGUGGUAAACAGUAAAAAUAGCCUUAGUUACUAUUUCCAAAGCAAAAACCAAAAGUGAUCGAGGAGUUUCACAAUAAAAAGACAGUGGGAGGAUCAGUUUUUUCCAUUAAAACCCCUUAGACAGGUGCAAAACAAAAUCAACACUGACAGAAAGUUCCUCACAGGAGCUUUAAAGUCCCACUCCGAUAGUUAUUUUUUAACACUUUAAGUGUUUGCAGUGGUCUUUAAAUUGUGAUUGUGAAGUUUUUAGCCAAAAUCAUGUUACCUGUGUCGUUUUCAGGGGCUUUUCUUCUGCAGAGUGUGUCUGUGUCUGAGUCUGCCGUUUGCGUCUGUGAGAGAUUCACAGCGAUUUGAAUACAGAAAUACUCAGAUAUGCAAUUUCUCACUUACUUUUCUCAUGGUAUGUCCGGUAGCAUCAGAAAAAUUCCAUUAGAACACGAGGACAACAAGAAAAACAUGAUUUUCAUUGGAGUGGGUCUUCAAUGAGUCUAGAUUCAGAUUGCCAGCCCUCAUAAAGGGACUAUCAUGGGAGUUCAUAUCUUAAUGUUACAACUAUGAUGGCCCUCUUCUUCUACUGACUGCUGUCUGCUCAUUUUAAUCACUCAGGCUGGAUCAUGUUAACGUUGUAGCAGCCAGGGAGGUCCCCGAGGAAAUGCAGAAGCUGGUGGCCUCCCAUCAACUACCACUGCUGGGAAUGGAGUACUGCCAGGGAGGAGACCUGAGAAAGGUAAAGGUUUAAGACUGGGGCCACAGAGUGGGUGGGUAAGGAGUCUGGAUUUGAGCCCAUAGACCUUCAAGUCGAAGAGCUGUAUAGCAGUAUAUGACUGUUGAUUAGGGAGUGAUGAUCCUUAUUUAGUCAUGAGUCUCUUUGGAGGUUCCUUUGAAAUGCAGCCACAUCAAAUCAGACAUGUUGGAUCAACACGUGUCAUGGUUUCAACUCUCUCAUUGUGCAGUUCAGCAAUCAUGCAACAUUUUGAAGUUGCUUUUAUUUCAGGGUAGAAAUCAGGAACAGUUUUUAUCCGCAACCAUCUGAGUUUGCACCCCGAGGCGAUGGGCAGUAUUGGCACCAGGAGGGAGAGGAGGAAAACGCCAACCAUCACAAACCAACAAACCACAGCGUCAUAAAAAUUUCAAAGCAUCCCAGAUGGUCAAAAACCGAACGGUCCAGUUGGGUGCAGAUGGAGCGGUUAGUUUGGGACAGAGCGGAAACCCAAACUGUCCUCUUUUGACAGGCCUGCCUGGAGUUUCAAACAGUGGUCCACUUUAACUAUACUGUGUAAACUGAGUGAAAUUAAAUCAGAGGCUUUACAAGAAAAGUGUUGACUUGACAUUUUGUCUAUUUCUCAAAUAAAAAAAAGAGGGUGAUGUAGUUGGUUUUAAUCUGAUCCCUAAUAAACAGGACAAAGUUCAUGAGUGGAAAACAGCCGUUUUAAAGCAGGAAAGUCCUGUGACAUAAAUAAGAGAGACAGAUUAAUGAACCCUUUUCAAACACUGUAUUGCUUUUCUCCCAUGGUUCUUGUUACGUAAGUAUUAAGUGUUCAUGUUUAUGCUCUCUGCAGUAUCUGAACCUCUUGGAAAACUGCUGCGGUAUGAGGGAGGGCUCUGUUCUGAUCCUGCUAUGUGACAUCUGUGAGUAUCACACAGCUUCUACUGUCACAUCAAACAUCCGCAGACUGAUAGAUUGAUUGUUAGAUUGAAUGAGCUGGCAGUGAUUAGUUUCCUGUAGCAUGAAGGAAAUGGUCGUGGUGAUGAGCAGUAUUAUUAUGUCAUCAAGGACCCGAAACCACCGACCUCUUAGUCACCGUGGCGAUCGAACGCACUCACGCCGAGGCUUACGUCAACGAUCGGACACUCACGCUCCGUCACAAACAUGAAGUUUAAAUGCUUAGCUGUAUACGACACAAUGUGUAAACUGGUUAGAGAGAGUGGACACAUGUGGUGUGGAUCACACACAAAUAUCUUUGACACACACACACACACACACACAGAAACUCCUUUUUCCUGUUAGCAACCGGCGGACAUUUCCUGAUAAUGAGUGAUCCCUUUAAAGGGUUUGAAGCGUGAGGGUAGUGAGGGUAGACACACACACUCACUCUCACACAUGAAGGUGCAUAGAGGUUAUGAGUUCCGCGUUGUUGGACUCUCUUUGCCAGCACACACACUAGUCACACUUUGACGCAGAGGUAAAGUCACAUUAUAGUUCCUCUUGUAAGUUCAGACAAAAACGUUUUCACUCUGUUCCUGAUUAUUAAAGCUGUCAGAAUGUAAACACUGAUCUGAAACUCUUAUGGAUCGUAUUAAAGAGUUACGCAACACCAAGACGUCCUCUUCCGUUGAUCAUUAUAAGCUUGUUAAAGGCCUGUGCUCACCCAGCAGUGAGGUCAUAAAGCGCUGGAGACCACCUGUGUAUCACUGCUGCAGUGUGAGAUCACAUGUUAGUCUGUGGAAACAAAAGGACGAUGAGACAGAUUUCCUCUUCGUUUACUGCAUGUGGUCCAAUCGAGUAGAAACCUUCAGAACAAAAAGCUGCAGUUCCUCCGGUGUCCACUAGAGACUGGCUGCAAAUGCAAAGGAAAGCCCAUUAGGUGUCAUGUUAAAAAGUUUACAGCAGAAAAGAACUUUUUUUACUCUCUGGUUCAGUGGACAGUCUAAGGUUCAAUCUUCCACGUCUGUAUUCAAAGUUUUCUAUAACAAUGGGCGUGCAGGGUGUGUCAUUGCUGUUUGUUAGGAGACUUAAAGGUGGAGUAGGCAGGAUCUGAGGAAGUGCCAGUUUUGGGGAGAAAUCUUGAAUGUAAACUCUACCCCUCUCAACCAGUUUUCCCCUCAACUCCUCCUCUCCCCUCCCUCUCUGCUCAGGGGAGGGGAAUUCAGAUAUAAUGCAGAUAAAUACUUCAGAUAAUUACAAAUGGGGCCCAGUCAACAUGAAAGUAAACAGCAUUGGUGCUUCUGUAGAUGCCAACAGACUACCAGCAAACACAAUGUUUGCAGGACUUCUACAACUAGGAUAAAGUGACAUACUCCAGGACCCGAGGUAAACGGUUUAGUGGAGCUACAACAUGCAGCAGGUCCAGUUUGACAAGAAACCCUUCUGUUACACUUGGCUUGCUGUGUUAAAGAGGUUUACCUGUCCAGCAGAAAGGUUACAGGGUCAGUAAGAUCCUGAAGCAUCCCCCAUCAUUGUUGACCGGGCUUCUUAGCUCUUGUCUGGGUGGUCUACCUCCUUUUUAAGAGCCCGUUAUUCUGCCAGAGUCUCUGGUAUUUAGUUCGUUUUCUUGCUUGUGUUGGUGGUCUUGGCUAAAGGAGGAUUCAGACAAUUUUCCGUACUUUCUGGUUGGUUUCUACUGUCUGAUAUUGUAGCACGCUAACUUUGUUUGGGCUCCUGAAAGACACGGGGGAGCAGCGUCUACACUAAGGAGCAGAAACCAAUCAGAGAGAUGGCUUUGUUUGCAGUCAGAAAGAGCGGAGCGCUCUGAAAAUUUAAAAGGUUGACUACACAGACAUAGCAAAACACAGCAAUAUCGUUAUAUUACCAAAUGUUAUCAAUGACUAAUAGCUUUUACUGAUAUUAAAAGCUUAUUGUAUAUAUACUACAAAAGAGAUGCUUCUUAAACAGAUUCCUGCCUACCCCACCUUUGAAGCCUUCCUCAAAUCCAUCUCUUUACCUCUGACUAAGUCGACUGAGUCAACAUUUCCAGCAUGGCGGCCGCCGUAGUUUUGACUACAGAACUUUUAGUGAAGCAGAUCCUACUUCUGAUCAUAUCUACUGAUGACUCUAACAGUACCGGUUAAAAAAAAAAAAACACAUGACACUUUUUACUAGAGAGGGAAGAGAAAUAAGAAAUGUGCUUAUCAGACCUGAGAAACAUGCUCCUGUUCCUGCCUGAGGUUGGAAUCUUGAGGCGACAUGAGCUAAACUUUAACACACCUGAUCACACCACCAGACUGUAGAACAGAAAAGAUAUAAGCCAUGAGUUGUGAUAUCAUUAUUUAAAAGGUAUAUAACUCUCUCUGUGCAUUUUUCUAACCUCAUUAAAUAAUGUUGUAUUAUUUUUUACUUCUUUGUCCCUCAGCCUCGGCUCUGACCUACCUCCACAAAAAGAGGAUCAUCCACCGAGACUUAAAACCAGAAAACAUCGUGCUGCAGCAGGGAGAGAAGCGAGUGAGUUAAAGCGGCCCUGAAAAUGUCUUGUUGUGACAAAUACACCCGAACCACAACAAAGAGAGGAUAUUUGUGUGCGGUUUUAGCGGGUUAAGUUCAGGAGACUCGGCUCUCUCGUAUCCCCUCAUUAACCCUUGACAACUUAGCAAAACUGUGCAGCAGUGAAUAUUUAACAGCUGUGGGAUAGGCUGGUUUUGGCAUUGCCAUCUGCGCCUCUCAUUAUAUUACUAUUUAUGUAUAAUAAUAAUGUUCUCCUUACAGCAGCAGGACUUUCUGUAAGAGUGUUGUAUAAAUGAGGCCAGACAUAUUAAAGCGGUUAUAUGUAUACUCACACCUUAUCUGCACUGAGUUUACAGUAUUGCUUAAAGACUUAUUUUGACAUAAUACAGAAACAUUAAAUGCAACAUACAAGCUUUUUCUUUUUUUUUUUUUGGCAGGUCUGAGGACAAAAUGUACAGUCAAGUAUUUGAAAGUCUUAGCAGUAUGUAUUUGUUUGUCCUUCAAGAUUGUAAAGAGAAUUAAGAUGAUGCCGCUCUCUUACUGAUCUCUUACAUAGAGUGUGGAGUCGUUCGUUUACCAAAGUGACAGUUUGUUGUUUUGUUGGUGUCAUGACUAUUCCCAGUUUCCAGGCAAACAGCUGUGUCAUUCAUCUCUGGAGUUUUUCCAUGAACUGUGUGUUUGAGUCAGGUAGGGUAAAAUCCCAUUGCUAACACUCGUCCCUCCUUAUUCUGCUCUGAACUUUAGUUGAUCCACAAGAUCAUUGAUCUCGGCUACGCCAAAGAGUUGGACCAGAGCAGCCUCUGCGUCUCAUUUGUGGGAACGCUUCAGUACCUAGUAAGUGUUGUACUCAGUAACAGAACUAGAAACGAUGUUCUCAUCAGGUUUUUCCUGCAGGAACAGCUGAGCUCAUUUUUCUUUCUGUUUUCAGGCUCCAGAGCUCAUAGAGAGAAAGAAGUACACAGUUACUGUCGACUACUGGAGCUUUGGGACUUUGGUCUUUGAGUGCAUCACGGGAUUUCGUCCUUUCUUACCAACCUGGCAACCUGUCCCUUGGUAGUACCACUUGUAAAAAUUUCCUGUAUUUUGGUUGGUGAUGUGUUCAAAUACCACAAAAAGUCAUCAUAAAUGGAGUCAUGUUUUCUGACCCAGCUCAAGGAUGAUACAUGACAGAGUUUCCACGAUUUCAGCUUACUCAAGUCUCAUUUUCCCCUUUUUCUCUCUGCACUUGUGUGACUGUUAUUCACCUUUUGCAAAAUUAGCUAAACAGUGACGUUGGCAGUGAUCGGUAUGCCACGAUAAGCCUCAUCCUAGAGAAAUAUUAUUGUAACAUGACUGGAUUCUAACCCACAAAGGAUAUAUAAAUACACAGGGGUUGCCAAAGCAAAGAAUUGCAGGAAAUGUGAGUUAUGCAAACAUCAAUGACCCUUUUGCUUUGCUAAUAACACAAAUGAAAGAUACGAAAGUCCGGAGGGUUUGAGAUUACAUAAAUGGAAAAUACUCCUUCAACACCUCAGGAGCUCAGUCCAGCUUUUCGCAUGAAAAUUACUGAAUUUAUCGUGAACUCAGAAAAUAACAAAGAAAUCUGAGGAGUUUUCUCUCAUUUGAUCCACCUGUGACAUUUUCAGGCACAACAAACUGAGGCUGAAGCAGGACGAUGAUAUAGUCGUCUAUGAGGACCUCUCAGGAGAAGUGCGUUUCUCGAAACAUCUGCCUCAGCCCAACAACCUCAACAGGUGACCCGUCAGUGACUGACACACUCAUCGAAUAUCCUCACCAUCGCCGUCUAACUCUAACGUGUUCACUUCUGCCCGACAGUCUGUUACUGGAAAAACUGGAGAGGUGGCUGAAGCUCAUGUUGAAGUGGUCUCCUGAGGAAAGAGGCAAAGACCCUCAGGCCACGCCCAGCAACUGCUUCUCCCAGCUGGACAUCAUCCUGCAGCUCAAGGUGGAUUAUCCCUCCAUUUUUAUUUUACUUUGUCUAUUUCUCAUGACUGUAAAGCUUAUAAAGAUUUGACAUCUUUGAGUUUGGGGUUCAGCUGUAAUUGAAACACGACUUAAAGUAUUUCCACUUUGAUGACAUUUAAAGGGAUAGUGCACGUAUUUACUCGUUCCUCUUUAUCUUCAGCUUGUUCACGUCCUCAACAUGAUGUCUGCUAAAAUCCUGACGUACUCCGUCUCUGAGGAUGAGACGGUGGCGAACCUGCAGCUGAGGAUUGAAAAAGACACCAGCAUCCCUGCAGCCAAUCAGGAGCUGCUGCUGGAGGCAGGGUUAGCCCUGGAGCCACAGGGACUGGCCAUGCAGUGCGCUGUGGAUUACACGGUAAUAUUCUAACCUAACAUAGUUCACAUGAUCCCUUUAACAGCACUUUGCAGUGAUGGAUUUAAUGAGAAUUAUCAUUGUCCUCCUCUGAAGGAGAUAGACGGCCGACGGACAGACCUCCCCCUGGUCUUCCUGUUUGAUCGCUCCUCCUGCAGUUAUGAGCCUCAAUUUGCUCCUCGAACCCUGCCAGAAAACAUCCGCUUUGUUCGUGAGUACACAGCAAAAAAAAAAAAAAAUUCUCCAUCUGUUUUCAUCCACCAAUAAAUCAUUUUCAGAUGUUUAGUUUACUCAUCCGUUUUUUAAAUUCCACUGAAAUCCACUCGAACUUCACACUUUUUUACCGAAACUUUUUGAUUUAUUAAAAACACACCAUGUUGUGUUUUUGUUGUUGAUCAACUAGGAUGUAUUCUCUAGGACAAAGCCUCCUACAGCAGAUAUUUUUUUGAUAUUUAUAUAAACCAAGAGAAGUAAGAAUUCAAUCAAAGACUCAUUUUGUUCAGAAAAAACAACAUUGACAGCUCAGACAUCAUUAAAACCAGUCUUUAUUUACAAAAAGAAUCUUUUAAAUGGUAAACAUAGUUUAAAGAUUAACUCAGGCUGUAGAGGAGAAUAUUUUUAGGCUUUAUGAAUCAUAAACCUUAUUAUCCACAAAGGUGUGGUCAAAAAUCUCUUUUUAUGGCUGAAUUACAUAACCAAAAACAUCUCAUGUUUUUCUCUGACCUUGCGUGUCUUUCGCACUCACAGAAAGCGACCCGAAGCACGUCCUGCCUUACAGCCCUCUUAGGAGGACUUGCGGACAGGCGUGGCACACCAUCCGCUCUCUGAAGGAGGACUGGCAGAGACUGCAGCAGGGACAGAAAGCUGCCAUGUAGGACACAGUGUGCACCAAACACACAAACUCCUACACUUCAAAUAUACAUCCAGUUUUGAAUUAACAUGUUUUCUCCUGUUUUUUUUUUAGCAUGAGUCUGCUGAGACACAACUCCUCUCUGUCCAAACAGAAGAAUGAGAUGGUCUCCAUGUAUCAGAGACUCAUGGCCAAGCUGGACUUCUUUACUACUAGCAUCCACAUAGACAUGGACAAAUACCAGGAGCAGACGGCCACUGGGAUCGGUACGGGGUCAUGAAAGCAUGUUUGUAAAUAGGAGGAAGUUUACUCUGCUGCUGCAUUUGAUCCAUCCUUUACUUAUAAAUAUUUACAACUUAGUUUUGUUGUGAUGUUUACUUCAGGUAGAAAGCUCUCUGUUUUUUUACUCAUGUUGGUGUUCUCAAUUUGUAGCAUCAGACAAACUUCUGGGUGUCUGGAGGGAGAUGGAGCAAAGCGCUCUCAGCUGUGGUCAGGUAGAGUACGGUGUCUCUUCAUAUGUGCGCAUGAAUGUGUGUGUGUGCUUUCGAAAGGUUAAAAACCUGUGUGUGGGUGUCUCUAGGCCAAGGUAAGUGAACUGGAGGAGGAGAUGAUGCAUCUGCAGCAGGACAUCGUGGAUGUGCAGAGACAGCCACGCGGCGAGGCCCUGGAUACGCUGUAAGUUUGCAGCAAACCUCACUGUUCAAAAAGAGAGAGUUGGUUUGUGACUGUGGAUCUUUCUGCCUCCCCCUUAGUGAAGGAAAAGCCAUGGAGCUCUUUCGCAAACUCCGAGAGAAACCCCGAGGUUAGGACCUCAUGCAGCCCUUCAUUUCUUAGCGAACACUGGUGACAGUGUUUAAAUAUGAAAAUAAACUUUUCUCUCGCUUUUCCAGACCAGAGGUGCUCAGGGGACAGUCAGGAGGUGGUGCGUCUGGUCCUUCAGGCUGUGCAGUUUUAUGAAAGGAAACUCAGAGACUUCUACACACAUCUCAGGUACUCUCACACACACACACAAUGAUAAUGUUAAAAAUUACAGUUUCAGGUUGUCAUCGUGCAAACCCUGAGCAGCUCUGCAGAAGAGAGUGUCAGUAUGAGUCAAGUAAAGAAAAACCAGUGAUACUUAAAGGUGGGGUAGGCAGGAUCUGAGGAAGUGCCAGUUUUGGGGAGAAAUCUUGAAUUUUACAUUCACUACCCCACCAAACCAGUUUUCCCCUCAGCUCCUCCUCUCCCCUCCCUCUCUGCUCCAGCAAGCCCCGCCCACAAACCGACGCUCCUGCUCCCUCGUAUCGUUUCAAUGAACUUCAGAUAUAAUUGUUCGGUCUGCCUCCUUUUUAAGCGCCCGUUAUUCCGCCAGAGGCUCCGGUGUUUACUUUGUUUUCUUGCUUGUGUUUUUUGUACUUUCUGGUUGGUUUCUACUGUCCGAUAUUGUAGCACCAUAGACUGUAUAAAGAAUGGACGCCAUCUGCCUCCUCGCUGAGUGAAGCCACUCCGAGAACAGCACCCUCUGUUGACGGGCUGCAGUAUAGGUCAUAAACCAAUCAGCACUAAGGAGCAGCGGCCGCCUCACAACCAAUCAGAUAGGGGGAGGUGGAGAACAAAACAUUUAAAAGGUUGACUGUACAGACAAAACAAAACACAGCGGUAUUGUUAUAUUAUCAAAUUAUAUCAAUAACUAAAUGCUAUUGACUGAUGUUAAAAGCUUUUUUGUAUAUACACCACAAAAAAAGAUGCUUCCUCAACGGAAUCCUGCCUACCCCACCUUUAAACUUGUGGUGUAUUCCACUGCGUCUUAAUGCAGAUUUUGGGCACAUUUACAGAUAAAAUUUAACGUAUUAGUACUUAAAGAAUUUUAUUUGACUUCAUUAAUGGUCAAAAACUUGUUUCUAUGCAGAUAAAUAAAAGGAAAAGAUGGCAAAAUGUAACCACUCCUGGUGUCAAGACUGAAUCAAAAACCGUUUAUUACAGACACGCUCAUUAUCAGACACGUGUGCUCAUGACGUCAAAUUUACAGCUGUACUGUGAUGACAAAGUGUAAAGGGACAUAUUUGUAACUCUUCAUUAAAAGCAAACAGAAAUUUAUGCAGAUGUGUAAAAAGUCACAUCCUUUUAUUAAUGAAGGAUUCACUUUUAGAAUGAGCCACCAGUCUGCGGUGACUUAUUUCUGUAAAAUACACCUCAUGUCCUGAAACUGUGUCUCAUCAUCAUCAUUAUUAUUAUUAUUAUUAUUAUCAUUACUGUGUGUGUUAUUUUCAGUAAGACCGCAGUGUGCCGUCAGCGCGUGAUGGAGCUGCUGCCGAAGGUGGAGGAAGUCGUUCAGAAGAUGGCGGAGAGCGAGCAGAUCCUGGUGAAUCUGCAGGAGAAGAGACAGGGGGAGCUGUGGAACCUGCUCAAAGUCGCCUGUGUGAGGACUCACAAAUUAAUUCACUGUCCCUCAACAAUACCUCAAAUCUCAGAGUUUCACACAUCACUGUAGAUGAUACACAAUCCAAAACUGAGCUUGUUCUCAGUCCAGACUGUCCCACCACACAGCCACAGAUGGAGCACAUGGCAGCACCACCUCUGAUUCGCGUCCUUUCCUUUUGUCUAGAUCUCUGCUUGUGUCGUAUUUACUCUCAGUUGGACAAAAGCAUCUGCUAAAUAACACUGUAACUUUGUAACAUCUCCCAAUAGUUAAAAUUCAGUGGAGAAAAAAAACACAGUCCAGAUAUAGUCCAGUCCGCUCUUCCAAAAAUAGUAUCAACAAAAACAUCUAAUUUCCUUAAAGUUUUUAAUAUCUUGUCUGGAAAUUCAAAGUACUUCCUUCUUAUAAAGCAACUUCUCCAAAUUUCCCGGUCUCUGCAACAUCAAUAACUUCUCAGGUUCCUGUAUGAAUCAGGGAAGAGAGCGAGUGAUUCAAUCCCAGAGAAGUUAUUUUUUGGUUUUUGUUUUAACCUUAGUAGGAAAUAAAAACCACAGAUAUUAGUCAUUUAUAGCAGGAAGAGUUUCUGUUGAAUUUUUCUCCUUCUAAAUAUACUCUAGAGGUCAAAAUAUAAACACCAGGAGUCCUGAACACAAACAGAAAUGUUGAUGAGGGAGCGCUGAACACUGCGUCAGUUAAUCAUGUCAUCUUGUCUCAUGCAGAGUAAAGUUCGCAGCCCAGUGAGCGGCAGUCCUGAUGGACUACAAACCCAAUCCUCAGUGCCUCCUCUACUGACAUCCAGACACAGCCUGCAGCAGUUGUGAGUAAAAAAAAACACACACACAAAUAUAAAUAUUCGCACACUUGGGCUCAAACGUUUUAUCCACUAAGGAUCUAGAACUGAUUUUAAACUUGUUCAAACAGAGGGACACUAUCAGAAGUGUGGGUAACGUCUUUGUGAAUGUGUGUGUGUGUGUGUGUGUGUGUGUGUGUGUGUGUGUGUGUGUGUGUGUGUGUGUGUGUGUGUGUGUGUGUGUGUCUGCAGUGACGAGUCUCUGGUGGAGGAGAGCCGGACAUUUGAGAGUCGAUUCCAGAGUUUGCUGCAUGACACCAUCCAGGAGUCCGAGAGCAGUAUGGAGGUACUCACACACACUCUCUCACACACUCUCACACAGACACACACUCUCCUUCUGAUGUCAAACAGCUGCCAUGUGUGGUUUGCUGUUUUUCUCUCACUCAUUUUUAAAAACUCUCUCCUUGAUUCUCAGAUGUUGAGUGAGUGGACGUGGCUGCGCGGAGGACAGAGUUUCUCCAGUGACCUCUCCUAAACUGCGUUUGAUUCUCUCCUUACAUUCGGUACUCUGCUGCCUCUAUGUGGAUGGGAUGUUAAAUUACACAAAGAAGAGGAGGUCGCCGGUUUGUUGAACAAUGUGAAAGGAGGAAAAAAUGCUGGCACAUAUUUGCUUCAUAAGAUAAGGUACCCUGAACUGCUGUCUGGCCUAAAAAGUCUCUCUUCUUGGGAUUUACAUGAGAGGAAUGAAUCACAGGAUGGGUCCGAGCUUUUUACCAAGUUAUUUUAAAAAACAUUUUGUACAUCUGUGGCGGUUGAGCUCAGGACAGUCAUUCCCUCUGCGUAAUUUUGUAAAAAUGAACUUUUUCAAAACAUGCUUACAUUCCUACAAUGUCUGGAGAGGUGUGCAAGAAAAAAGUUUAAAAUUGAACGAUCUUUUAGAAAGUGACCUUGAAACAGCUGAUGCACCAAAAAUGCACAUUUUUGUCUCGACGUCAUGAGGGCAAGGUCAUGCUUUUAAAAAACUGAUGAAACAUUUCUUUUGUGUUUUAAAACUGUAUAUUUCCUUUGUUUCGCUACAUGUUUUUAUCGUGAAACUAAAGAAGAUAUUUUAAGAACUAGGGUUCAAGAUCUGUUCCGUAGAAAACUGUCAGUCUGAGUUUGUGUUUUUAACAAAAAUGUUAUUUUUUAAAGAUAAUGAUCGAAAAAAAGAGUUUUUAACUGUCUGAGCUGUGUGUUAGUGUGAAUGUGAACUUUUCUUUUCUCUGUCGUCUCAUGUGGAGGUUUGGACAUGAGGAUAGAAGCAGCUGUAGGAGAAGGUGCAGGUCACAUCAUGAUGAGACUGAAGGAUGAGAACAACUUAAAUAUAAUGUCUUUGUGAUUAGAUGGUUGCACAGGGGAAAAAAUUAAAUAGAUAAAUGAAAACUGCACCUGUCCUUUAAAAUACACUCCAUGGUACAAAGAAGUCCUGCUGCAGAGUUAAGCUGCCUUUCUGUAAAGUGGGAGUGGAUCAUGUAGUGACGUAGGACCACUGCUGGCAAUGGCCUUGAUUCUGCACCAGCACUCAGGUGCUUUAGAGUGUAUUUUAAGGCUACUGCAGUUUUUAUUAUUGGAUUGAUUUGACUUUUGUUCUUGUGAGAGCAUCCCCUGAGUUAGAAGAAACGAGCACCUGUGACAAAUUUAAAGAUCCAGCAACACUUCUACUCUUUUGUCCUCGAACUUCCCCAUGUCUUAUCCUUCUGUCUUGGUGCAAUACGGGGAUGAAAGUACGUGAUUUAUAGUGCACAUUUCUGUGUUUUCUGAAACUAUGCAAAUCCAAGAAUGCAGAUGACUUGAAAAAUGUGAAAAUUUAUUCUGACAUCUUAUAAUUACUGACUCUGUGAUUACAUUAUGUUGGGUGUCUUUGUUCUUUCUGCUCUUAAAAUGUGAGACUUGUCUCUCAGACUUUGCAAAACUGACAUUUAGCGAAAUUUUGCUCUCCUGAGAACAGGCUCUUCCCUCCUCUUCGUCCAUUUUAUACCGACCCAAAUAAAAAAAAGAGUCAAGAUGAGGA